AUGGGUCUAUUCAACAGAAAAGAAAAGGCACCCGCACAAAACCGUCCAGACUCCAAUACUGGCGUGGUCGAAAAAGCCGCCGGCUCGUCCUCCGCUUCUCCUUCGCCUAAUCCAGCGCUACCACAAUACAACCACAAUGGCCACGAAAUCACACGAGGCAUUCAUCCAGACGGAGAAAGUGGCCGUCGUGGCAUCCACCCGGUCGAUUUUUUCAACGUGAUAUGGGCCUCGUCAUGCACACUUUCAAGCUGGGUCAACAUCCUCUGGCCUUUCGUCCCGGCCGCGAUUGCACUACAUUUCGUCCACGGCGACCACCACAUCUGGACGUUUGCAGUCAACUACAUCGCCAUGGUCCCCGCCGCGAAUCUAUUGGGGUUUGCCGGUCAAGAGUUCGCAAGAAAACUGCCCAAAGUGGCUGGUAUCAUCAUAGAAACUACGCUGGGCUCAGUCGUGGAGAUCGUCCUGUUCAUGACACUGAUCGCCAAGGACAACGGGUCCGGCACCAUCAGCAACGGAAGCAAGAUCAAUGUGAUUCAAGCCGCCAUUCUUGGGUCCAUCAUCACCAAUCUGCUGUUAUGUCUGGGGUGCUGUUUCCUGGUGGGCGGCAUCAAGCACAAGGAGCAAAACUUCCAUGCCCACAUUAGCGAAGUCGGGUCCGGGCUGCUCCUUGUUGCGGGCUUCGCGUUAUUGAUCCCAUCUGCAUUUUUCUCCUCGUUGAGCGGGAGCACGGUGACCAGCGGCGAGGGCUAUACCGAGGCGAGACUGCGCAGUGACACGCUCAGCAUCAGUCAUGGCGUCUCCGUUCUUCUCAUGGUCGCGUUCGCUCUAUUUCUCAUGUACAAUUGCUUUUCCCACGACAAUAUCUUUGCAGAAGUUCUCGAGGCGGAUGAGGAGGCUGAUCGGGAUAGGCACAAGGACCUGAAGAAAGCGAAACUGACUAUGACGGAGUGUUUUGUGGCAAUCAUCUUUGCGCUGACCGUCAUUUCGCUCAUCGCCGUGUUUUUGGUCGAGGAGAUUGAGUAUGUUGUCGAUAAUGGGGUGCCUGAGAACUUCCUGGGUUUGAUCCUGGUACCUUUGGUGGAGAAGGCUGCUGAACAUCUUACGGCCAUCGAUGAGGCGUAUGAUAAUCAGAUUAAUUUCGCACUGUAUCACUGUCUGGGCCCGUCAAUACAGACCGCGCUGUUCAAUGCGCCUCUCGUUGUCGUUGUGGGUUGGGGCCUGGGGAAACCGAUGGAUCUGAAUUUCGAGAUCUUCCAGGUCGUUCUUCUUGUGCUGGCCAUUCUAGUCGUUGGCAACUUCUUGAGAGAUGGAUCGUCGAAUUACCUUGAAGGAGGACUUCUAGUGAUUGUCUAUAUUAUCGUUGCUGUGACGGCUUGGUACUAUCCGAAUGCCGAUCUGACGAGCUCGAAUGGACGUUCGUCAACUGAGACUGGCGGGGAUGGGGCGGAAGUGGUCGCUCGUGGUGUGAGGAUGCUGAUUUCCUGA